GAAUAACAACACUUUUACUCUGAAACUGGGAACCUUCACUUCUGGAAACAGACAUGCGCUGGAAAAGUGAAGUAAAAGUAGAGUGCUGCGUUGUGAACGAGACUGAAAACGGAUCUGUGUUGUCCAACGAUGAGUGAAAGGCAUGAUAUUUAUGGGAAGGAGCAGGGGGCAUUUCAGGCAGCUGCAGCGGGACAGAGCUGCAGACUUUAACUUCCGUCAUGUGUGAGGACUGCAGAGGAGACCAAGAGCUGCUAGGCAAAUGCACUGAGGACAGGAGAGACAUUAUGGGCGCGCCGGUGGAAGUUUUGGAUGAGGACGCGUCGUCGCUGCAGGCCAUGGCAUCUGCACCUCUGUUAGGGAGAGCUGUGUGCGCGAGCUGCAACGAGGAAAUUGUGGAUAAAUAUUUAUUAAAGGUUAACGACUUGUGCUGGCAUGUGCGCUGUCUCUCGUGCAGCGUGUGCCAAACUUCACUUGGCAGCCACACGAGCUGUUACAUCAAAGAAAAAGAAGUGUUCUGUAAACUGGAUUACUUCAGAAGAUACGGGACGUGGUGCGCGUGCUGCGGCCGGAAUAUCCACUCCACAGACUGGGUCCGCCGGGCCAAGGGGAACGUCUACCACCUGGCCUGCUUCGCCUGCUUCUCCUGCAAGAGGCAGCUGUCCACCGGGGAGGAGUUCGCUCUGGUGGAGGAGAAGGUUCUCUGCAGGGUGCACUACGACUGCAUGCUGGAUAACCUGAAGCGGGCGGUGGAGAAGGGAAACAGUGUCAACAUGGAGGGGGCUGUGCCCACUGAGCAGGAGAUUAACCAGCCCAAACCCUCCAAGAGAGCGCGCACCAGCUUCACCGCCGACCAGCUGCAGGUGAUGCAGGGCCAGUUUGCCCAGGACAACAAUCCAGACGCACAGACGCUGCAGAAGCUGGCGGAGCAGACGGGUCUCAGCCGGAGAGUCAUACAGGUCUGGUUCCAGAACUGCCGAGCCCGCCACAAGAAGCACGUGAGCCCCAACCACAGCUCCAGCACCCCCAUGAACUCCCUGCAGUCCAGCCGCCUCUCGCAGCCCACCCCCACCCCAGAGGAGCUGCAGUACACGGCCUACGGAGGCACGGAGGGGUCAAUGCUCUCUGCACUACACUCCUUCAUAGACAGUGAGCACCAGCCUUUUCAUGACGUUAACUCCCUGUACUGUGGUUCACUGCUGACUAUAAAGAACUACAUGUCAAACUCCUAUUUUAACAUUUGAAAUAUUAUAUUGAUCUGCUUUAUUGAGGUCUUUAUUAAAGUCUUUAUCUGUCAACAGGCACUUGAAAAGGUGGCCCAUUGUCAACUUCUUUAUCCGCAUUAGUGAUUGAACUUUUGGCAAUUUCCUAAAAAGGAGUGAGUGGUUUACAUCACCUCUAGCCAAAGAAAAAUACAAGUUUAGUUAAUUUGUUAAUGAUUUGAUGUUAUAUUUAAAAAUCUACAUACAAGAUACAAGAUGUACAUUGAAAAUAAAUACAUUUCAAAGAUUUGUUAAUUAACUUUGGCAUUAGUAAAUAGUCAGAAUUGUCCAAAAUAAUAUUUGGAAGGAUGAAUAAUAAAGGUCAUACAUAAUUACUACGUACACAGGUCACAGUUACCAUCACUGCUCAUGAAAUGAAACCAGCUGUUAUUUAAUAGAUUUCAACAAUCCACUGUUGCUGUUUCUUCAAAUAUACAUUUGUCAUUUUUCGUAUUUCACGGAAAGUCACAACAACUAUUGUGUGCCCGGGAAUCAGAUCUCAGGAUUGACAUUUUUUGUAAUCUUCAGUCAAACUUUUGACCUUAGACAAAAGAAGCUUAAUGAUGACGCUCAAGCUUUUACUAAUGUCUUAAUAUUUAGUUCAAUAUAAGCUUAUAUUUAUAAUGACUGCAGUGCUCUCUGUGUGCCCGCAGUACACUCCCCUCCAUCAAUGUUUCAACCGCUGCUGCCAGCCCACGCCAUGACCUCCCUGCCUGUGUCUCACGCCUGAGCUGCUCACGCACGCACACACACACACACACACACAC